AUGGAUCUCGUCAACCACCUGGAAGGCCGUCUUCUCUUCGCCGUGCCCAAGAGCAAGUUCCCCCAAAUCAUGACUCAUAAAGGACGUCUGCAACAAGCAACCCUCGACCUCCUCUCCGGCUGUGAUGUCCAGUUCCGCCGUGAAACCCGCCUCGACAUCGCGCUAGUUAAGAACCUGCCCAUCGCGCUGAUCUUCCUGCCCGCCGCCGACAUCCCGACCUUCGUCGGCGAAGGCCGUGUCGAUCUGGGUAUCACUGGCCGCGACCAAGUCGCCGAGCACGAUGCCACCCUGCCCGCUGGCGAGACCUCCAACGUCGAGGAGAUCCUCGACCUAGGCUUCGGCGCCUGCAAGCUGCAGGUGCAGGUCCCCGAGAAGGGCGAGCUUAAGGAGGCUAAGGAUCUUGUUGGCCGCAACGUCGUGACCAGCUUCACUGCCCUCACCGAGGCUUUCUUCCGUAACCUUGAGGGCGUCGAGGCUGGCCAGAAGCUCGCCACAAAGAUCAAGUAUGUCGGCGGUAGUGUUGAGGCUGCUUGCGCUCUCGGUGUCGCGGAUGGUAUCGUUGAUCUUGUUGAAUCCGGUGAGACUAUGAAGGCCGCUGGCCUCAAGGCCAUCGACACCGUUGUCUCCAGCACAGCCGUGCUGGUCAAGUCCCGUACCUCCAACAGCGACAUCCUCACCCUCCUCACCUCCCGUCUGCGCGGUGUCAUCACCGCCCAGAAGUUCGUCCUGUGCCAAUACAACAUCCCGCGUGAGCAGCUGUCCGUCGCAUCCAAGAUCACCCCCGGCAAGCGCGCGCCUACCAUCACUGCUCUCGAAGAGGAGGGAUGGGUUGCUGUCAGCUCUAUGGUGGAGAAGAAGCGCAUUGCCACGGUAAUGGAUGAGCUGAUUAAGGUCGGCGCAAGUGAUAUCUUGGUUAUGAACAUUGCCAACUCGCGCACGGAUUAA